GUCCAAACACGCAAGACCUCCUUCAUUUUGUCCAGGCGCCAAGAUUCACAAACAACUCACCAAGCAAGAUCUUCAUUCUUUGAGUUGUAAGAACGUAAAUCCACACAAAAUGCAGUGUCCAACCAAUAACUUCUUCCGAUACAACACCACUUUAUGCGCCUGCAAUCCAGGUUACUUUUACAACACCACCGACGACACAUGCUCACCGUUUACCGCCUCCUCCGGCGACGAUUUCUUGGUGGGUUCUGGGGUUGACUAUUCAAUCAAUAUCCCUGUUAACAUCUUCGCAUUUGAUACAAUCAAGAGGUUCACUCAAUCUCAGGCUGUGUUUCUCGAGACUACUUUUGUUUUAGUUUUGUGUUGGCUCGUAUUUUGCUUUUUUGUGAGGUUUGGGAAGCUUGGUGAUGGAAGAACACCUUGGUUUCAGAUCAGAUGGUGGAUUAGCAGAUUGGAUGUCGCCUUCGCUACUCGCCAUUGGCUGGAUGAUCAAAAGGUUGUCAAGAAGCGAAAGACGGAACUUGGUGGAGCUUUCUCGAUUGCAAGUUGGAUUCUUUUUAUUGGUUUGUUUGCUGCGUUGUUGUACCAAGUUAUAUCCACGAGAACUAUCGAGGUUCACAGUGUAUUAGCAUCGAAUGCACCUGACUUGGCUUCCUUCAAUAAUGACAUGGAAUUCAACAUAACGACCGUUUCUAGCAUGAGUUGUUCCAAUCUACAGGGUCUCGGUACUUUGGUAACCGGAAAUCCAGGAUUCAUCGACUAUCGGAGAUCACUGCUUUCCACUUUUGUCAACUUCUCGUGCCAAAACACCACCAAGGGGCCGACCAUAACUCUUAAAUGUGACGAUUGUCAUCUUGUUAGCGACAAUAUAUACAUCUCAUGGCAGUUUGUUGAUCUCCCAAAUGUGCCUGCAACCGCCGUUGGUUUCGAGUUUAAGUUAACGGCAAGGGACCGGCAGCACAAAAAGCAUUUGAGUUUUGUAAGUGGUGCUUUGAAGAAUGGAAGCACGAACAGUGCAAAGUUCGUUACAUAUAGAGGGAAAGAUCCAAAUAUCGUACAAUUUAAUUUGUUUCCAAGAAUAUACCGAAAUAAACAUGAUCUCAAGCUUAUACAGCCUCUUUUUCAUGAAUUCAUUCCGGGUUCGUCUUUUGACGAAGCGAGUCAGCUGCAGGCUUCACUACAGAGAUCAAGCGAUGGACUCGUUAACACCAUGCUGUAUAUCAAUUUUCUUUCGGCCUACAUCGUGCAAAUCGACAAUCAAAACACUCUCGGGCCUGUGGGCUUUCUUGCUGAUCUGGGUGGCCUGUAUUGUGUUAGUAUUGGCAUAUUUUUCUACUUUUUGGUGCAAUUUGAAUACAGAUUCAAGAGGUUCCGUCACGAGGAUGAUGUGAUGAGAAGUAUUAGAAAUCGUCGAAAAGCUCAAGAACAGUGGGACAAACUGAGAAAGUACGUAAAUUUUACAUGGGGUCGUGGUCUAAUUCCUUCUGAAGAUGGAGUGUUCGUGGAAAAGGCAUGCUGCAAUUGUUUUCCAAACCUGAAAGGAGGAUCUUCGUUUAAUCAAAGGAAACAAAUAAGAAUGGGUGACCUCAGUUUCAACACUAAACUUAGCACACAGAGUGAGAGGGGGCUAGGAGCUGUAAAAGAAAUAAAGGAAAAAAGUAGUAUGCAUUCAAAUAAUGCAAAUACACCUCGACAAGAAGCCUUGACGGUUAUACCUUUGCCACCAUCAUUAGAAAUGAGGGCUGGUUCGAAAAUUAGCAUUCCAGAAAUCCAGAAAAAUCUUGAAAACAUCUAUGAAUACAACGUGAUGCUUCGAGAGAAGUUGGUUAUCGCUCAAUCCACGAUCCAAGCUUUAACAUCAAAGGCGUCUGCAUCUUCUUCAUCAGACCAGAUCCACCAGUAGCAUUUUGCUCUUAUUCCUUUUGUAAACUGAAGGCUAUUUUAGUCUUUGGUCAUUCUUAUCGGAUAUAAUGGUGCAAUGGGUCCUGGUCGUAGAGUUUUGUUCGAUGAGUGAAAUUGCAUUCUGAGAACAUUUUGAGGCGUAGAGUUUGGUUUGUAUCAUUAGGCUUUCCUGUAUGUAAUUAAAUUUGAAGCAGUGGUUAUAUUCUUUGGUUGUAUAUUUUAUGGCAAUGAAUAGAGAUGGGGGGGCCAAUGUAACCGGUCCCGGUCUAGCCCAUCUGAUCACGCA